AUGGGCGCCGCUGCGCUGAAGUCAAAAUCUGCGGAUGGGAACGCUCUCACUCCACCAAGUAAUCCACCGCCGUGCAGUGAACAUGUCGUCGUCCCUGCGUUCGCUAACUCUCCGGCGAUACUCGUCUCCUAUGAAAUGAAUACAAUCGAUCAUCAUGCGCAGCAUCAUCAGCAACGUCGUCCGUCGUCGUCGUCAAACACGGCGGCUUCUGCGACAGGGCGAGGGUGUCUCGAUGCGCCGCGCAGCCCCGACGAGCUCAAUCGCGUUGUCGGGGAUGUCCCAGCAGGGCAGCCGCUGCCCCCUCCACGCCGCUUUGUGCGCCGCUGCCACUCGCAGUCGUCGACCGCCCCCACUGCUGCGUCCUCAUCGUUGGAUGCGUCUAACUCGCAUUUAUAUUCGCUGAGCGAGGCGCUUCUCGAUGCGCCGACGAGGAGCUCGCCGGCUCCUGCGGCGGCGGCUGUGGCCGUCUCUCCAGCUUCGCUCAACAGCUCCUGCAGCGCCUUCUCGCUUUACUCGACAGAGGGUAGCCAGCGAGAACUGCCGCCGUUGCCCGCACCGCUGCAGCCCUCAGAGGGCUUGGCGAAUUCUACCGCGCUGCAGGUGUCCGCCCAUCCUCCGCUUGCGACGGCGGUGGAAGCUGCCGGGCGGACGGGUCUCCACCCUAUCGAUUCUCCUGUUGCGGCUGGUAGUAACGGCUUUGGCCACGGUGGGGGAGCGCUCCCACCUGUGGCUGUCCAGUACCCCCACUUCAUGCUUUUCCUUUACGCCGCACAUCCUACGCAGACGGCACCAUCACCACCGCUGCCAUCGCCCCGUCCCUCCUCGGCCGCCUUGCCACGCUGUCUCCGGACCACCACCACUCCCACCGUCUCGGCGUCGGCGACGUCGAAUGCUGCGCAGUCUUACUCGACUCGUUUACUUGACAUGAGCUUUGACUCCCGCGCCCUCACCGCCAACGCCGCGGCGACCUCCGCGGAGAUCCAGCGCAUCGGCACCCGUCUCCAGAAGUAUCAACGAGGUUCCUCGCAGAGCGGUGCGAGCGGGCUCAGCGCGCCGUCGACAUCCGAGGCUGCCCUCUCACAGACGGCGCCGGUGCUGGAGAGGCGUCCGAUUCCGCCACUCGACCCCUCCGCAGUGUCGGCGCCGUCCGCUUUUAGGGGAGCAGCAUCGGAGCAGGCGCACGGCGAGAGCGACACCCCAACGCCGAUGUUCACGGAAACGGUGAAGUUCGUGCACGCCAUUCAGCAGCUGCAGCGGGCCCGCGGUGCGGACCGGACGAGUUACACGUGGUUCCGUCCUGGGACUUCAGAAGCAGCUUCUGCUGCCGCCGCCGCCGCCAGCCACGUCCGCACCAGCAGCCGCGGCGACGGCAGCACCUCGAGCACCUCGAACGACGAAGCAGCGGGGGAGUUGGCGAUGACGAUGUGUGACGGUGAGGACAACGCGCCGACUUGCGACAGCGACAGCACGCCGACGCCCGCGUUGGACGCACACACCGAUGCGGCGAACAGAGGCGGAGGGGACAGUGAGGCAGUGCGGCGGGCGUCGCUGCGUCAUCGCGAUCGGUUGCUGACGCUGGUGCACUGGAUGCCUUACGAAACACACGAGUGCGCGUCGAUGGCGCCGCUGAAUGCCACGGCGGGUGCGUGCGGAUGCGGAUUUCCCGUGUUCCACGCGCAGGGUGGUAGCCCCGAUGACGUCGAUGACGCGCCGACGCCGCCCCUCUUGCCACCAACGGAGUCCACCAACACUGCGGCCUUUGCUGAUUCGGAGACGCCGCUGCCGACGGUGCUUCCCACCGCGGCAACCGACAAGCACUCGGCCAGCGACGAGGACCGGCUGUCGCCGACCAGCGCCAGCGCCAGUGGGCCGCACCUCACCUCGAGCACCACCACUGCCCUGACCUUGUCCACCUCCGCUGACAGCGUCUUCUACUGCCCGGCGCACGUCGCCUUCCACCCACCGAGCAUUUACGUCUCGCACAACUGGGAGACGAGCCACGGCAGCGUCGCGCUGCGGUCACCGGCGCGGCGGCAGCAUCUCGUGUCGGGGCAAGUCGAGGUGCCUGCCAGCGCCGCCAGCACCCCCCGCCCGCCCUCGGCACCGCUACCGCCCACCCAACCCGGGAAGCGUGUCGAGGCUCGCUGGAAGGAGGCGCGUGCAAACAGCACUGGCGGCAGCAGAAGCAGCUCGAGUCACAACAACAGUACCGCUACACGAGUCGGCGAGGCCGGGGCGAGCUGCUGUACAUGCCGCGGGACGAAGCGUGCGAUCAUCGACGUCGGGGUACCGCACCGCCAGCAACUGGCCAAGAAGGCAUUGGAGGAUAAUGACCUCUUCUUUCAAUCGAUUCUGCGGCAGCAAACACCGAAAGUCCCCGGCAUGGAGGUGGCGGACGACGCAGCGCAGGAGUGA